AUGCUGCUUCUUCCAGAUUGGCUGCCAUUUGGUUUCAAUGAGAUUCUCUCUCUUUUUUCAUUUGGUUUCGGAUCUCGCGGUUCGGCUGUCGGUAUCGUUCGUCCACCAAGUCAAGGUAUUCGUUCGAUAUCCAUGGCUGCGUUUUUCGGCGAGUGGGUGGACACAGGUGUUUGGCACAGUUCAGGAUGGUGUUCAUCAGUUGUCUCCAGCCCAGUUGUUAGCCGUUGCAAAGGACAAGAAACGCAAACCGUUGUCAUUGAUUUUGCCAUGACCAAAUUUGCCUAUCCAUUUCUGCCCAUACCGAUGUGGGCAUUGAAGUCUCCAGCCAAGAUGGUCACCUCAGUUUGUGGAAUCGAGUCGAAUGGGUGUUGA